CACUACAUUACUACUACCUUUAAACCCAGUUAAAGGCAAGUGUGAGUCCCACGCUGAUUGGGCCAGAGCAGAAACCCACACAUACAGACGCGUGAAGACAUACUCCCUCCCUGGAUUACUCUUCUUGGAUUAUGAACUAAAGCUGAAAUAUGAAGAAGUUCAGUUUUCCUCUGUUUGUGCUUCUGUGCCUCUGCACAUCUUUGCACUACACUGUUCAACUAGACAGCAAUGCUUUCCUCAUCUACAAUGAGGCUCACAACAAGUGUGUGAAGGUGGUGAACCCCAACAGUGCUCAGGCCACCGACUGCGACCCAUCCUCGGACGCCCAACGCUUCCGCUGGAUCUCCUCUUCUCGCGUUCUGAGCGUCUCCCACAAGUUCUGCCUGGGGGCUCAGGACCUCAAAGAAUGGGUGAGGGUGAUAGUCCUCCCGUGCAAGGAGCGGAGUCCCAUGCAGACAUGGGAGUGUAAAAACGAGACCCUGUUUGGUCUAAAGGAUCAGCCCUUGCAUUUUAACUAUGGGAAUCGCCAUGAGCCCAAUAUCGUGAUGUACAAGGGAACUGGUUCCUGGAGCCGCUGGCAGAUAUACGGGACCAAGGAUGAUCUGUGCUCUCAUGGAUACCAAGAGGUGUUCACCAUUGGUGGCAAUGCUUACGGCAGCCCCUGCCAAUUUCCCUUUAAGUUUAAAGACAAGUGGUACGCUGAGUGCACCGUGGAUGGCCGAUCUGAUGGGCAGCUCUGGUGCUCCACAGAGACGGACUACGACAAGGACAAGAAAUGGGGUUUCUGUCCCACCAAAUCAACGUCGGGUUGGGACAGUGAUCCAGUAACUGGUGUGCUUUACCAGAGGAACACUCAGUCAGUACUGACCUGGCACCAGGCUCGUAAGAGCUGCCAACAGCAAGGCGCUGAUCUCCUCAGCAUCAUAGAGCUACAUGAGCAAACAUACAUAUCAGGUUUGACUAAUACACUUGGCUCUUCUCUGUGGAUUGGACUGAAUAGUCUAGACUUUGAGAGUGGCUGGCAAUGGAGCAAUGGCAACCCAUUCCGAUAUCUAAACUGGGCUCCAGGCCACCCCUCAUUGGAGCCUGGCCUGAACUGUGCUGCAUUAAAUGCUGGGAAGGCAUCUAAAUGGGAGAGUAUGAGCUGCAGCAAGAAACUGGGUCACAUUUGCCGCAAAGGAAACUCCACUAUCAUUACGCCUACCGUGGAUAAGGAUCAGCCCAGUUUCUGCCCAGCUCAGUGGGUGCCGUAUGCAGGCCACUGCUACUCUAUCCGACGAACUAAGAUGAUGUGGAAAGAUGCUCUGGCAGCCUGUCAUAAAGAAGGAGCAGACCUGGCCAGCAUUCACAACAUAGAGGAGCACAGCUUUGUCAUCUCUCAGAGCGGAUACUUGUCCACUGAUGAAUUAUGGAUAGGUUUGAAUGAUCAGAAGACUCAGAAUCUGUUUGAAUGGUCAGACAGAACCCAUGUUACCUUUGCCAAAUGGCUGGUAGGAGAACCUUCACAUACCACUAACCUCAGAGAGGACUGUGUUCUCAUGAAAGGAAAGGAGGGGAAAUGGGCAGACCACAUGUGUGAGAAGGAACACGACUUCAUCUGUAAGAAGAAAGCCUCUAGCAAACCUGCAGGAUCACCUGACAUCAUCAGUCCUGGAUGCCCUGUUGGUUGGAUCAGGUUUAGCUCUUACUGUUACAGCAUUGCUAUAGAAGCCAAAACCUUCAACGAGGCCAAAACGACAUGUGAGCAGAAAGCAGCCAGCCUAGUCCAUGUAGCUGACAGGUAUGAAAAUGCUUUUCUGAUCAGCCUGGUUGGCCUGCGGCCUGAGAAAUAUUUCUGGAUUGGUCUGUCCAACACAGAACGAGUUGACCGCUUCAAGUGGACAAAUAAGGAAACAGUGAAAUUUACACACUUCAAUGUAGGAAUGCCAGAUAGGCACCGUGGUUGUGUUGCAAUGAAGACUGGAACUUCAGCAGGAUUAUGGGAUGUACUGUCAUGUGAAAGCAAACAGAAGUACAUCUGUAAGAAAACAGCAGAUGGCGUUACUACAACCAAAGAACCUCCUACAACGCAACCUCUCAGUUGCCCCCCCAAAUGGAUCAAAAAAGAUUCUGCCAGUUGCAUGCGGAUAUACAAGUCUAAAAAUGAGAAUAAGAAGACAUGGUUUGAGGCCCGUGAUUUCUGCAGAGCCAUUGGUGGUGACCUAGCUAGCUUCCACUCUGAAAAAGAAACUGAUACUCUACCGUAUGGUGGGGGUUCUGAUCCUGCAUGGAUUGGCUUUAACUCGCUGGAUGCUAAUGUUGGCUUUGUGUGGACAGAUGAAAGUCCAUCAGACUACGAUAACUGGGCCUAUGGGGAACCCAAUAAUUUCAAUGAUAAUGAGCACUGUGCAGAAGCUACCUUCUACUAUGGUCACAGGUGGAAUGACAGGGACUGUGAAGCCUACAAUGAUUGGAUCUGCCAGAUACGAUUGGGUGUAACUCCAAAACCACCACCUACGAAUUCCCCCCAAGCGGAGUUUAAUAUGACUGAUGAUGGCUGGAUUCAGUUCAAUGGCAGUCAGUACUUCAUCAACAAUGACCGCUUAUCUAUGGAAGAUGCUCGUACAUUUUGCAAAAAGAACCAUUCUGAUCUCGUUGUUAUUACUGGCCAAACUGAGAGGAAGUUCAUAUGGAAACAGAUUUCAAGGGCCAGUGAGGAUCAGUACUUCAUUGGAAUGACAGUGGGACUGGAUAAAUCCUUUAGUUGGGUGGAUGGUUCCCCAGUGGUCUAUACAGCAUGGAACCAAAAUGAACCAAACUUUGCCAACAAUGAUGAGAACUGUGUUACCAUUUACAAGAGCAUGGGAUUCUGGAACGAUAUUAAUUGUGGAGUGCCGUUACCCUCUAUCUGUAAAAGAAGUAGUAAUUUUGCCACCAGCACAGUGGCACCUACAGCUGUACCAAAGGGAGGCUGUGCCCCUGAAUGGACUUCUUUCCAGGGAAAAUGUUAUAAAUUUGUAGGGAAGGGUAGUGAGAAAUCAUGGCAUGAUGCUCGGCAAUACUGCAUCUCUCAAGGAGGCAACCUGGUCUCCAUUCGGAGUGAAGCAGAACAAGCAUUCCUCACUACUAUGAUGGCCAAUGCAUAUGAUGACAUGUGGAUUGGCUUGAAUGAUAUCAACUGGGAGAUGCGCUUCCUUUGGACAGACGGGAAAGGUGUUGUGUUCACCAAUUGGGCCAAAGGGCAUCCCGUGUCUAUUCCAGAUGGACGCAGAUCGUUUGGAGCAGAUGUUGAUUACAUCAUGCCAAGGUGGGACCAUAGAGACAAAAGGAGUUUGUGGUUUCAAGAAUCAGAAACAUUACAGUUCGACUGUGUCAUUAUGGUGAAGGAACCGAACAGGUUGACAGGCAUGUGGAAGGUUGAGGACUGCAGUGAGAAUCGAGGUUUUAUCUGUAAGAGGAAUAUUGACUCUCAGAUACAAGUUCCAGCGACAACUGUGUCACCGAAGGCAUAUUUUGCCCUGGGAAACAACUCAUAUAAGCUGCAGACGGAGAAGAUGAGCUGGGAUGAGGCCAGGAGGCAGUGUAAGGCGGACGAUGCUGACUUAGCCAGCGUGCUAGACUCCAUCACCCAGGCUCUGACCACACUCAGGUUCAGCAAAUUCAAAGAGCCAGUGUGGAUUGGCCUCAACAGUAACCUGACAAAUGGACGGUACCGCUGGGUGGAUAACUGGCUUCUGCGCUAUACGAAAUGGGCAGCUGGGGAGCCAAAGAGAAACCUGGCCUGUGUGUACAUUGAUACAGAUGGAACCUGGAAAACAGCAGAAUGCAGCAACACCUACUACUCUCUCUGCAAGCGCUCCCAAGAUAUUGCCCCCACUGAGCCCCCCCAGCUCCCAGGAGUCUGCCCUGAACCAAAGAGACACAAGACCUGGAUCCCAUUCCGAGGACACUGUUAUGCUUUCAUGGCCGCCAGGAGUGAGAACUGGGCCCAUGCCACAGUGGAGUGUAUGAGAAUGGGUGCAUCAUUAGUGAGUGUGGAGGACAUGCUGGAAGCCCAGUUCAUCCACACGAAUCUUGAGAUCCUUCAAGAUGAUGCGAAAUCUUUCUGGAUUGGCAUGCACCGCAGCCACUUAGGUGAGUGGAUGUGGAUUGAUAGCAUGGUGGUGGACUACACUAACUGGGCACCCCGACUGCCCAAUACUUAUGGAGACUGUGUAGAGGUCAGAUCCGAUAGUGGCUUGUGGUUCAAUGUCCACUGCAGUGGCUACAGGGCUUACAUCUGCAAAACUGAAAAAGUUAUACUGCCAACCGAGAAGCAACCAGAAAUUGCACCCCAUGUAGACGAAACCCCUCAUGGCUAUGCAGGCGUCGCUGUAGCAGUUGUCCUGGUGAUCAUUGCUGUGGCGGGGUUGGCUGCUUUCCUGUUCUACAAAAGGCCAACUAUACCAGUGGUUGGAGAGUGUACAUUUGACAACACGCUCUACUUUAACAACCCUGCACGAUCUAGUAACACCGUUGACACCAAGGGACUGGUCGCCAACAUUGAACAAAAUGAGCGUGCAUAACACCCCCCACACACACCCCCCAACACACACACAAACACACACACACACACACACACACACACACACGCACACACACAGCAUACAGCAUUAAACUGCAUUCACACACACACAGGAUAAAACUGUGUUGCAGGGUAAACAGACACACAGACUGACACAUACACUGUACUGCACACAAGCUGUUUGGUUAUGGAAACGGUGGGUCUGCUCGACGUUGCACAGUGUAAAAUGUCACUGUAUGUUUUGAUGAAAUGAUGAAAUUGGCUUUGUUACUUCAAAUCUGUUUACUCUGAAAAAUUCAACAUCGGCAUAUAACACAGUACAUUCUCAUAUGUUGUAUAGCACUGUAUUCAUAUCUUGCAGCACAUAAAAUGUUGUUGUUUGUUUCUGUUGUUGUCCGCUUCAAAAUUUUUUUUAUUGUAAAUAAAUGUCUACAAAGAA